UUGGAGAGCAAACGUCUUCAGAAGUCUACAGUACAUUCAGGAUGAUAAGUACAUUUCCACGCUGACACUGAAUCUAGAGUAGGUUACGAUCAGUACUCGUCCUUCUACCAUUAUAUUUAGGGAUACAGCUCUUCUUUUUCACGAAGACGUUUGCCGGCGAAAUGAAGACGACGGAAGGCGCUUGUUGUUUGUUUAUCGGUCCACUACAAAAGCAAGUUUAUUUGAUCAUUAGUUUGCCUAUCUUUUUCACUGCCUUUACGUUUUUCGUCGACGUGUUUACGCUAAACGUGAAGUAUUGUGGCGAGGAUGUAAAGAGCAAGUCUUUAAACCACAGUGUUUCGGACACUAACCUUUCCAGCAUCACAUUCACAACAAGGUGGACGGACAAUUACAGUGACCCCGACAGUCAGGGUCCCACGUGUCAAGAAGAAAACCAGUUUCCACAUGGGCAAGCAUCAUACAUGACGGGGUUACUUAUCGGUUCCUUAUUCGGUGGCACUCUAUCUGACAAGUAUGGAAAGAGAUCCCUCCUCAUAUGCUGCUCAGUGGUCCACGCAGUCACUACUCUGAUAGUGGCAUUUCUGCCAUAUGUGCCUAUGUACCUGACUGCCCGCUGCAUCAGUGGUGUAGCCUGUUGUGCCAUUCACAUCUGCACCUAUAGUUUAGGGGUUGAAUGGAGCCUGCCAAAGUACCGUAUCUGGCCACCCACCCUGCUCUCUUUCAUCUUCAGUCUGGGAAUGAUGGGACUGGCCAGUGUUGCUUAUUUGACCAAUGGCUGGAUGCAGUUUCAUCUGGCGCUGGGCAUCCCUCAGAUUCUCUUUCUACCUCUUUAUUUGUUAGUAGAACUAACACAAAUUUCAAUACAUCAUAAAGUAUGUUACAUAAUUGGAAAAAGUGAUUUUUUUAUUUUUUUAUUUGCAAUUGUUAGCUUUCUUCCAGAAUCUCCUAGAUGGCUACUGUUAAAUAAGAGGAUGCAAACUCUAGUGGGGUAUAAAAACCGAAGUCCUGAGGACAAGCACUACCUGGAUAUACUUUUGGACUCAAUGGACAAUGAGAAUCCCAAAUCAGAGAAGAUCUACACUGGAACAGAGUCCGAUUUCACCAACUUUACCUCACCUACCAUACUGCUGCGUCUGUUUGUCAUGAGUUACAUUGGUUUUGCUUCAGCUCUCACUUAUUAUGGGAUCUGCUUUAGCGUUGGAAGUUUCGGAGUAAAUAUCUAUUUGGCACAGUUUUUCUCUGGACUAUCAGAGUCUCCCUCUUUGCUGCUUCCAUUUCUGCUGAAGCGAUGGGGCCGCAGGCCUUUCAGCAUGGGAUCUCUGUUCCUCAGUGGCAUUUCCUGUAUGCUCUCCCUCCUCGUCUCCAAGUUCUGUGACAUGCCUGUCCUUGUAAUGACGCUGGCACUGAUGGGCAAGCUGUGUAUGCAGUCUACAACCUGCGUCUCUCUGCUCUAUGGAAUUGAGCUGUUCCCAACAGUAAUAAGACAGAAGUGUGUCGGACUGGUUAGCCUUUGUUACCGAGUGGCCUGUAUUAUAAAUGCAGUGGUGGUCCCUGAAGGUGAGAUUCCUCUGCCAGCUAUGAUCUGUUACAGCAGUGGUCCAAUCAUUGGUGCAGCUCUGUGCCUGCUCCUCCCAGAGACCAGCAGCAUCCCUUUACCAGACACAGUGCAGGACUGUGAGCGACAGCCCAGACUCAAGCUCUUAUGCUGUGCACGAUGGCCCUUAAAGCCUAUACAAGAGCUGGAUGAUUCUUUUACCAAGGGGAAGGACAUAAAGAAUCAAAUGGAGUUAAGUCCCCUUUCAGCAUAGUCAGCAAGGGUAUACUGUUGUGUGGUCAGAAUCAGAAUUUCUUUCAUAUUAUUUCUUUUCAUGUGACUUUUUAUUUGUUAAAAAAAGUAAAAAUGAGGGUCUUUGCUUAAAAAAACAGAAUCUUUUUUAAGGGUACUCUACUGUACAAUGGUGCCUUAAGAUAUGUCAUAGCCAAUUAACUUUGCUCCUGGGGAUGCUACUGGAACAUCUGCCAAAAACUCAUGUUAUACAGGAGUCAUUCACUGCUGCAAAAUUUCCUUUCAGAGGAUUUCAUGGUACACUUGGGCACAAAAGAAAGCACACAUUUUUUGUAUUUUCUUUAUCAGCUUUUAAUAUAUAACCUAUAUUUUGUUAAGCUUUACUGAAACACUUAUACAGUAAUAUUGAUUUCCUAGCAUUUUUUGCUAAGCUCUUGAAUUCUCCAAAGUAAAAUUUUAUCUUCACAAAAACAGCUGGGGGCAAAGUCUUGCAAGUCUUACCGUGAAACAGAUAUCAGGUUUUGAUCUGCUCAAAUGGAUGCCGUGCAACCAUUAUGCUCCAGUAAAAUUACAGUGUUUGUAUGUGUGGAGAUUCUUUUUUAACCUGAUACCCUUUAACUGUCACAGAAAUAUUAUCUAUCAGCAAUUCUAAGAGAAAGAGAAUGAUUUUUAUAUAAAGUGAUUUUUAUACAGUAUUAUGGUAGAUGCCAUAAUACAGUACAUUUUUUAUAUUUCUGUUAUCGUAAACACUUUUACUUAUGGAUAUGCUUUCUCAGCUGUUAAGUUAGUUACUGUAAUGGUUAUUUUAAUAAAGGAAUGAGAUUUUGAUUAUGAAGAUUUAGCCAGGGUGUUCAGAAUGACAAUAAAGCCCUCAACAAAGGCUUUCAACACUAAUACACACUGAAAAAAAAAAAAAAGACAACCUCUGUGAAAGGCCCAUAUGCUUUGGGCAGCUGAACCAGAAGUUUGGAGAUAAGAAAGAAAAAGUAAGAGAGUGAGGCUCUAAGUAUGAUAACUAAAGCUCCAGAGUGAACAAAUUGAAGCUACCUCUGAAUUUAACAAAUGCUAGCUCGAUGUACUGUAGAUUUGCAUUUUACAACAUUAGGAAGAAAAGAAGUAAACACUGUUUCACUGGAAAAAACUGAGCUGCUUCUCAAAAGGAUAAUUAUAACAUUAUUUUUGAAUUUUGUGAUUUGUCUUUACAGUUUCCUUUGGAAAACUUUAACAAAGCGAUAACUUAUUAAGAUUCCAUUGAAUCACACAUUUGUAAUUAUGUUAGCUGUUUGAGUUUACCAAUUAACUUCACUCACAUCUAUUUUCAUGUAGGCCUAAUGUAAAAAAAAAAAAAAAAAAAAAAAAAAAAAAAAAAGGGGGGGGGGCAUGGACUCAAAGAGAGCAACUUAUCCAAUCACCCAAAGCCUUUCAAAAGGAACAACAUUAAAUAACAUGUUUUUGAAGUUUAAUUGACAAUCAUAUCUCUUCACUGUAAACCCAAAUGCUCAAAAUAAUUGUUUUGAGAAGGGAAAAAUUAUUCAAAUUAGU